GCCCUGGUGUUCCCCUCCUCUCACACACUCGCUCUUUCUCCUCCUGCGUGCGUGCCUGCGUGUGUGUGUGUCCCUACACGUGUGUGUGACCCAGGCCAGUCCGGCGCUCUCACUCCAGUCCUCUCGCUCCCACCACACACACCUCCGUCUCCCUCUCUCUGUCCGUCUCUCCCUCGCUCUCUCCCUCCGUCUCUCUCCCUCCCUCUCUCUCUCCGCCGCCAUGAGUCGCUACGCCACCUCGGCCGGGGGCUCCUCCUCCUCCUCGUACCGCCGCACCUUCGGCGCCCCCGGCUUCGUCUCCACGCCCGUCGGACGCAGCCUCUACGGCUCGCGCUCCUCCCUGGGUCCGGCGGGGGGGGGGUCCUCCUCCGGCGCCCACGUCUCCUCGCGCCUCUACGAGGUCCACAAGUCCUCCUCCUCCGCGGCGGCGGCGGCGGGCUCCCCCGGGUACUCCUCCUACCGCGCCUCCUACGGGGCCCCGGGGCUCCUGAUGGCGGGGGGGGCGUCGGCGGGGCGCUCCUACGCGGGCAUGGGCGAGACGCUGGACUUCAGCCUGGCGGACGCCAUCAACCAGGAGUUCCUGCACACGCGCACCAACGAGAAGGAGGAGCUGCAGCACCUGAACGACCGCUUCGCCUCGUACAUCGAGAAGGUGCGCUUCCUGGAGACGCAGAACACGGCGCUGGCCGUGGAGGUGGAGCGUCUGAAGGGGCGUGAGCCCACGCGCGUGGCCGACCUCUACGAGGAGGAGAUGAGGGAGCUGCGGCGGCUCGUCGAGGUGCUCACCAACCAGAGGAGCCGCGCCGAGGUGGAGAGGGACAACCUGGCCGACGACCUGGACAAGAUCAAACUCAGGUGGGUGCCCCCUCCCUCCCCUCACCCUCCCCCCUCCUAA